GGUGUUUGCCAACCCCCACAGAGGAAGAAGAAAAUAAAAGGAGAAGCUUUGAAUCAUGUCUAAGUUCAGCACAAUAAUUUGGCCUAAAGUCGUUUUAUUUGGUGACUCCAUCACACAGUUUUCCUUUCAACCCAAUGGAUGGGGAGCAGAAACAGCAAAUAAACUUGCAAGGAAAUGUGAUGUUGUGAACAGAGGAUUGUCUGGCUAUAACUCCAGAUGGGCAAAGAUCGUCCUUCCUCGCCUCAUCAGCAGCCAGAAUGCAGCAGAAAAUAACAUAGCAGCUGUUACCGUAUUCUUCGGAGCAAACGACGCUUCGCUGGAAGAUAAGAAUCCACAGCAGCACGUCCCCCUAACAGAGUAUUCAGAGAACCUGAAGGAGAUCAGCAGGUUUCUGACCUCAGCCGGUGUUCCGGCAGACAAAGUCAUCUUCAUCACUCCUCCUCCAAUUCACGAGCCGGCCUGGGAGAAGGAGUGCGUCCUGAAAGGAUGUCCACUCAAUCGGCACAACUCGGUGGCAGGACAGUACGCUCAGGCCUGCGUUCAGGCGGCUGGUCAGUGUGGGUCGGACGUCCUGGACCUCUGGACGCUCAUGCAGAAAGACGGACAAGACUUCACCGCCUACCUGUCUGACGGGCUGCACCUCUCCGAGAAGGGAAACCAGUUUGUGGCGCAGCAUCUCUGGAGCCUACUGGAGAGCCGUGUGGCUCACCUGCCCUUCAUUCUGCCCUACUGGGGAGACGUGGACACCAGCAGCCCAGAGAGCAGCCUCCUCUGCUACUCCUGAAGAAGAGAACGUCUCGAAAGCUUAAAAACAAGCAGUGGACUUUAGACUUCCCAAAGUAUUCACUCGUUUUUUUGGAAUUACAGCAACUGGAGUCGAAACUCUCCUGUGAAGUAUUAGGACUACUGUAGGGAUAAGGGGAAAAGGACUCCGAAAUUUUUAGAUUGAUUUCAGACAUUUUCUAGGAAAAACAAAAACAAUUUUGCUCGAAA